GAAAAAUAAGGACGUCGAAUAUAAAAGGUUUUCACAAUCUAGGGUUUCAAUUUUUAUCGCUAAUUGGGAUUUCAAGUCUCUUUGUUGCAGCCUCUCAAAGACGCGAAAAUGCCGUCACACAAGACAUUCAUAAUCAAGAAGAAACUGGCGAAGAAGAUGAGGCAGAACAGGCCUAUUCCUCAUUGGAUCCGCAUGAGAACCGACAACACCAUCAGGUACAAUGCCAAGCGUAGGCACUGGCGCCGUACCAAGCUAGGGUUUUAAGGUGGAAGAAAGAUAUGAUGUUGAACUUUUUACGGAGUUUGAUUCUAUUGUUUAGUUAUUUUGCCAAGACAAAAAAGACUGAUGUUUGGUUAGAUGUUUUGAUGACUAUUGUUUCGUUUUCAGUUUAGAUGCAAUGUUAAAGUUUUAUUUCUUA